AGUGAAUCCAACAAUCCAAAAGGAGCGAGUACUCGCGAGUCGCGGUCGUCGCGGUGUUGACUCGGGCUGUUCUCGCAGUUGUCAACAAACCUAGCUACGCCGCUACGCCUGCUUUGCCCGUUCGAUUUCUUCGGAAUCCAGCUUUACUCGAGUUCUGCCGUCCCGGGUUCCCUCAGCGAGCAGACAUUUAAAGGCAACUUGGCGAGAGAACCAAAGGGAAAAAGAGCAGCCAUGGAAGUGGACGAGGCUCCCAACAAAGUGAUGGCCGCGUCCGGCACCACGGGCAGUGUCUGCGUGUCCCUGCAUCCGCUGGUCAUCAUGAACAUAUCGGAGCACUGGACGCGGAUCCGGGCCCAGGAGGGCAAGCCACAGCAAGUGAUCGGGGCGCUGAUCGGCAAGCAGAAAGGCCGCAACAUCGACAUAAUGAACUCGUUCGAACUGCUCUUUGACACCAUCGAAGGGAACAUCGUAAUUGACAAGGACUACUACACCAUCAAGGAGCAACAGUUCAAACAGGUGUUUAGCGAUCUGGACUUCCUGGGCUGGUACACAACGGGCGAGGGUCCCACGGAGGGGGACAUCGGGGUGCACAAGCAGGUGUGCGGCAUCAACGAGAGCCCCGUCCUGCUCAAGCUGAACCCACAGGCCCGCCACACGGAGCUGCCCGUGGCCAUGUACGAGUCGGUCAUCGACCUGGUCGGGGGACAGGCCACCAUGCUCUUCGUCGAGCUGCCCUACACCCUGGCCACUGAGGAGGCCGAGCGCAUCGGCCUCGACCACAUGGCCCGCAUGUCUGCCAUGGGGGAGUCCGGCGAGAGCUCCCUGGUAGCACAGCACCUGCAGGCCCAGCACAGCGCCAUCAAGAUGCUGCACAGCCGGGUGCGCCUGGUGCUGGAGUAUGUGCGCUCGGUGUCGGGCGGCACGUUGGCCCCGAACCACGAGGUGCUGCGGGACGCGUUUGGGCUGUGCCACCGGCUGCCCGUGCUGCACACGCGCAGCUUCCAGGCGGACUUCUACAACCAGUGCAACGACGUGGGCCUCAUGACCUACCUGGGCACCCUGACCAAGGGCUGCAACACCAUCAACCAGUUUGUGAACAAGUUCAACCUGCUCUACGACCGGCAGGGCAUGGGCAGGCGCAUGGGUCGGGGACUCUUCUUCUGAGGCCGCCUCCUCGUUCGAGGGGGGGCUGUCGCAGAAUAAAUGCGGAAGCGAAACCGUGCGGCUCCGAGGGCUCCUUCGUCACUCCAAGGGUCUCCGUCGUCAUCCCAGGAAUGAUUAAAGUUUGUGAAGCUCGAGCCGCAGAACCUGGGGA